AUUUAAGUUUUAUUUUCAUUGGAUUGAGGCAUUCAUCUUUAUCCACCAGACAGAUGUAUGCUUGUACUUUUAGGUUGUGAUAUCAUGAAAGUACGUGAAGUAGGGGAUGUCUGUUCGGUGACUAUAAGCUGGAUGAUAUGAAGCUGUUUCUCCAAAAUAAAAGCAUGUUCUUCAUAAUUGCACUGGGCAUUAUACAAAUUGCAUCAGCAAGUGUUGAAGGUGGGCCAACUUCUGCCGAAGACUUAAAAGGAUUGAUUGGGUUUGACAUUGAGCUGACUAGUGUUUGGGACGAAGCUGAGAGACAAGGUGCUGAAAUAUUUUGGGCCCAACCAACUACAGUUGAACAAAUCCAAAAGCUAGUAGCAGCUGCUGAGACACAUGGACUACAUGUACGACCUUAUGGUGCAAAACAUUCUGGGUCACCUCUGUUUGCAGACAGAGGCAACAUUGGACUUGAUCUAUCAUUGCUACAGGGAAAUAAAUUCACGAUUGACAAGGAAAAAAUGUUGGUGAGUUCUCUGGCAUCAGCUACUUUAGGAGAAUUGCACGAAUUCAACAGAAACAAUAGUGUAACGAUUCCUUCAGGUCCUGUAACUGGAGAACCCACUCUACAAGGGGCCACUGGUACAUCUGCUCAUGGCUCCAUCAAGGAAGAAGGGCUCAUAGGAACAUAUGUGUAUGCACUAGACCUGGUGGACAGCAAAGGUAGAAUGAGACAUUUCAAUUAUGAUGAUCACAAAGAUGUCAUCACUGCAUGCAAGGUUCAUUUAGGAAUGUGCGGAAUCAUUUAUAAUACAACUGUAAAGGUGGUAUCUGACAGAGUUUUCAAGUUCAUCAAAUCAGAAAUGAAAGUUUCUGACUUACUUCUAAACCAGGAAAAUCGCAAAGAUUUUGCCAUGAGAAACUAUGGAGUGAAUAUCAAAUGGAAUGUGUUCAGUAAUGCGACCGAAGAGGAAAUCAAAGCCAGAGAUGCUGAUAAACUAUUCCGACCACCUGAUAGCUGGAGUCCAGCCAAUGAUUCUGUCACUGUUUGGAGUCUUAAUCCAGUUGAUGAUAACUCUGUCAUUCCCAACAAACUUGUGAAAUUCGCAGAGUCAUUUCAACUAAAAGAUGGCACAGUAAUACAAGGUAUUGCAGAUUAUAGGAUGGCAUCUGAAACAAUUAUCUUCCAAUGGUCAACGGCUGCAGUUGGUUCCAUAACAAGAUGGGACGUUGCCGUAGCAACACCCGAGACGGAAGAUUUUUCAGCGAGUCAAAAAAUGUUAGAGAACUAUUUUGAUGUGUGUGAAACGGCCAUCAGAACAAUCGGAUUCUACAGAGAUUCAUUUGGAUUUUUCCGUUGGACCAGUCACAAGGAUGACUGCACACUAUGCCAUACCAAGAAUGCAAAUGAUUUCAAGAUGCUUUUCGAGUUUGAAUAUGGGGUAGCGUGUCGCCCUUGUAACAAAAAUUUACUGAAUGAAUUGGCAAGAGACAAAGUCUGGAGUAGUACGUUUGCCACUAGACUGAUGUCAAACAACAGUCGGAUCUUGCCACACUGGGCUAAAUAUUAUGACUACAUCCCUGGUAUAAUUGAUCACCUUCGUCAGAACUACGGCAACAACUUUGAUGAGUUCAUAAGAACCCGUAACCAAGAAGAUCUGGACCCUGACAACAUGUUUACGAAUUCUCAUUUAAGGACUCUGUUCCACGAUGCAAUUGUUGGAAAUGAGAAGAAGAAAAGUUGCUCAAACAUUCUGCAAUUUAAACGCAUGGUGAUCAAAAAUCUGUUUAAAAGUGUCAAUUUAAUUGACACAUGCAAAGCCUGAUUAAGCAAAAUGAAUAUUUUGAUAUUACGGUAAACUAACUAUAGCGUAUGAAUCAAUUUUACUUUGUUUUUAUAUUUUAAAUUUUUUUCUGUAUUUUGGUAAAAAUUAUAAAAUACGCUUUAUCAAUAUUAGCCAUUUUUGAGAAGACGAAAUACUGAGAAGUCCACUCAUGAAAAUAUGAUUGGGCCAGUGUUGGAGGAAAAUGUAAUGAUCAAUGUUAUUAUGAUGGUCACAGAAUGAUACUUGGGUCACAUCAUGUGUACCUUAACUGUCGAAUACAUGCCAUCUCAUCUUUAUAUGAAUAUCCACAAUUUACCUCAAAUCAUCAAUGCUCCAAACAGUAGAUAUCAUCUAGCCUGGCGAGAUAAACUGUUAGUGUUUUGUUUUUGAAACAUUUGAAUUUCACACAAUUUUAACAACAAAAGUUAAGCUCUCCAGGUUGUACAACAUUUCCAAGUAAAAAAAACCAUCG